AUGUCUCGGGAGGGAAGGAGGGACAGGGACGAUGGAGGCGGCAAGACCAAAAUCUCCCUCCUGGUCCGCAACCUGCCCCUGGAUGCCAGGCCCGACGAAAUUCGUGUGAAGUUCGAGAAAUACGGACGCGUGCGCGAUGUCUACCUCCCACGCGACUAUUACUCUGGUCGCCCCAAAGGCUUUGGGUUCGUGGAGUUCCUGGACGUGAGGGAGGCGGACGACGCCAUCUACCACCUGGACCGCACUGACUUCAUGGGCCGCGAGAUCACCGUCAUCCACAGCCGGGAGUCGCGCAAGACGCCCAACGACAUGCUUGCGCGCGAGAGGGAUGCCCCUCCUCGUGGCGGUAGCGACUAUGGCCGCCGGGGCGGCCGCUCCCGGAGCCGCAGCCCCUCCCGCGACAGGAGGCGGCGCCGAUCCCCAAGCCGCUCCCGCUCCGGCGACCGGCGCCACGGCCGCUCCCGCUCCCGGUCUGCUGGCAGGGAUGGGCGCAGGCGGUCCAGCCGCCGCAGCCCCAGCCGAAGCCCGGGGAAGGAGCCCGAGGUCACGCUCACCCCCGCCCCGCAUGGCAUCCCGCUCGCCCAAGGCCUCCCCACCAGCCCGGUCAGCAUCCCGGUCGCCGGCACCUGGGUCGCCCCGGGCCACAAGAUCGGGUUUGCGCUGGUAGACAGCCUGGCCAUGUCCGAGGGCAUCUCCAUGGACAAGCAGCAGGAGAAGGCGGCUGUGGGCCGGGGCACCCUGGCCGGCCGCAGCGUCAUGCUCGUGAAGCCCCAGACCUUCAUGAACCGCAGCGGACAGAGCGUGGGCGCCCUCGCGAGGUACUACAAGGUGCCGCUGGAGCGCGUCCUGGUCGUCGCCGACGACCUGGACACGCCGCUGGGCGCGCUGCGCCUGAGAGCCAAGGGCAGCAACGCGGGGCACAACGGCAUGCGCAGCCCCUUCUCGCGGCAAGAAAGGGAGGUGGCCGAGGUGGGCCUGGCAGAGGCGGUGGACGUGGUACGGGCGGUGCUGACCCUGGGCUUACAAAAGGCCAUCUCAGGGGUCCGGGUCGACGCCCAGGGGAAGCAGUAUGCCGUGCAGGCCCCGCCCAAAGCGACCGGCACCAAGAGGAAGGCAGGCACGGGCGAGGCGGAGGCAGCAUCGAGCACGCCGCCGGAAGCUGUCGCGCAAGUCUGA